UCCUCCUACUAGCCGUCAAUCCCGUGAGUCCAAGCCCGCCCCAGGACUUGAACAAGUUAUCUCCGCCCAACCCCACCGAUGCCGUUCUGGACUCGUUCCGCGAAUUCCUCCACCAAAUCAUGGCUCAACGGGAUCAUUUGGUGCUGCAAGCGGCGGAAUGGAUCAAGGCCGUGCUCACUGAAGCCCUGAUUCGCAUGGGACUGAUCCGACCGCCAGUGGAAGAGAAAAUUGACCGGAGAGACGAUAUCAUCUUGCCCGUUUUGGGCGGAGCUCUUCGCUAUGAGGACGUGUUCUUUCUGGAGCGAAUCAUCCUGGAUACUGUGGACGUGGUCAGGUCUUGGCAAAGGCGGUAUGCUCAUAGAGAGACGGUGGAGAAGGCAGAAGAAGCGAGUAAAUCGUGACCAGGCGAUCCGGAGAAGAACCAUUCCCAGGAAAUUGAGGAGGAAGAGGAGUCCGUACUGGUGGAGAUCGUUUUAUGAAUUGACAUCGUUUCUUCAUCGUUUUGAUAAUGAAAUGGAACAAAGAGCUGACUAAUGAUGCGAGCAAAU